UCGCCAUGUGAUUUGAUGAGUCUGUGCAAGGGAAAGAUACUCCUUCCCGGACCCCGUCGCUCUUGCCAGGCUCCAACAUGGCCGGCCCCCCGGAGUCCUUCCAGAACAUCCCUCUCCAGCCUUCCGCGCUCCCGUUUCACCUUCCGUCCGCCGCGCUCCCCAGGGUCAGGACCCAGGAGCCCCACAACCGCCUGGCUUCCCGCCCCCACGAGACCCGCCCAUCGCCUAGCAUCGGCCAAUCGGAGUCGGUGCUGCGACGACUGGCAGGCCCGUGCGGCCCCGCCCCCAGUCUCUCUGUGGCCUGCGGCUUCCCGGCCAGUAGCGCCGCUGUCGGUCGCGCGGGCCGGUCGUGUGGAUAUCGUCGCGUCGCGGGCGCUUGCCGCGGGCCACAGCUCAGAGCCGAGACCGUCAGCCCCGCGGCGUCGAGCAUGGACUUCGAGGACGGAAUGGAUCGUGAUUAUGGCCCUGGAUCUUACGGAGGGCUGGAUCGUGACUAUGGCCAUGGAUCCUAUGGGGGUCAAAGAUCCAUGGACUCCUACCUAAACCAGUCCUAUGGCAUGGACAAUCACAGUGGUGGUGGUGGGGGUAGCAGGUUUGGACCUUAUGAGUCUUACGACUCCAGGUCUUCUCUGGGUGGGCGAGAUCUGUACAGAUCUGGCUAUGGUUUUAAUGAACCCGAACAAACCCGCUUCGGAGGUAGUUAUGGUGGUCGAUUUGAGAGCUCCUACCGGAAUAGCCUUGACUCUUUCGGAGGUAGAAACCAGGGCGGGUCUAGCUGGGAAGCACCUUACUCCCGUUCAAAAUUGAGGCCUGGGUUUAUGGAGGACAGAGGAAGAGAGAAUUACUCUUCCUACAGCAGUUUUUCUUCACCCCAUAUGAAGCCUGCACCUGUAGGCUCUCGGGGGAGAGGAACGCCUGCUUAUCCUGAGAGUACGUUUGGAAGCAGAAACUAUGAUGCUUUUGGAGGACCAUCAACAGGCAGAGGCCGAGGCCGAGGACAUAUGGGUGAUUUUGGAAGCUUCCAUAGACCUGGAAUUAUUGUUGACUAUCAAAACAAACCUGCCAAUGUGACGAUUGCUACUGCAAGAGGAAUAAAAAGAAAAAUGAUGCAAAUAUUUAUUAAGCCCGGGGGAGCCUUUAUCAAGAAACCUAAGCUAGCAAAACCUAUGGAUAAGAUGAACCUCAGCAAAUCACCUACAAAAACUGAUCCUAAAAAUGAAGAAGAAGAAAAGCGGCGAAUUGAGGCUCGUCGAGAGAAGCAAAGACGUAGACGAGAGAAAAACAGUGAGAAAUAUGGAGAUGGAUACAGAAUGGCAUUCACAUGUUCAUUUUGUAAAUUUCGAACCUUUGAAGAAAAAGAUAUUGAACUGCAUCUGGAAAGUUCUUCACAUCAGGAAACAUUAGAUCAUAUUCAGAAACAAACCAAAUUUGAUAAAGUAGUUAUGGAGUUUUUACAUGAAUGUAUGGUGAAUAAAUUUAAAAAAGCAUCUAUUCGUAAGCAACAGACACUUAAUCACCCAGAAGCUUACAAAAUAAUUGAAAAAGAUAUUAUGGAAGGUGUUACUGCAGAUGAUCACAUGAUGAAGGUGGAGACUGUUCACUGUAGUGCUUGUAGCGUGUACAUCCCUGCUUUACACAGCUCUGUUCAGCUGCACCUGAAGUCUCCUGACCAUGGCAAAGGGAAGCAGGCUUAUAAGGAACAGAUAAAGAGGGAAAGUGUGCUGACUGCUACAAGCAUCUUAAACAACCCGAUCGUGAAGGCUCGGUAUGAGCGCUUUGUUAAGGGAGAGAAUCCUUUUGAAAUGCAAGAUCAUGCUCCGGAUCAGCAGCUAGAAGGAGAUGAAGAAGACGAAGAGAAGAUUGAUGAACCCAUCGAUGAAGAGGAAGAGGAGGAGGAAGAGGAAGAGGAAGUGGAGGAAGAAGGAGAGGAAGGGGAGGAAGCUGGAUCUGUGGAGGAAGAAGGGAAUGUGGAUGGAGAGGAGGGCACAGCAGUAGCAGCAGCAGUGGCCGUGGCAGGGGAGGUGGAGACAGUGGGAGAGGCAGAGGGAGCAGGGGAGGUGGAGGAAGAGGUGGAGGAGGCGGCGGUGGAGGCGGAGGGGACAGAGGAUCUUGCCACCCAUGCCUGUGCUACUGAGCAGUGUGAGCUCAGUCAGAUGUAGGCGCCACACUUCACAGGGGCCUUACUGGCUGCUACCAUAGAAAAUGGAAGAUGCUGAGUAGCUUAUGGUAUGAGUUGACACCAUGUUGCAUGCAUUCCACAUAUUAAAGUUUGUUUUAUAUAAUUUCUAAAUGUUUGGCACUUGUUUAAUAAAAUGAAGUUAAGAUGA